UCAUCGAGACAUCUAAAUUUAGAGUUUUAAAGUAUUGUUAUUAUCAACAACCCUCAGAAACGAUAUCCCACAUUUCACAUUAGUAAUAUGUGUACACUUUCCCAUCCAGUCUCUCUUUCCCUACCCUGACGGUUGUUUGGGUGUUUACAGAGUCUGUGACACUCCCUUCCCCUCAAGUCAAGACUUCCAGACUCCAGAUGCUUCUUUGUGUGUAAGCAUUUCUUGAAUGUUGUGUUGUUUGGUAACACAGUGCAGUUCUUAAUAUAUUUAGUUAGUGAUGGAAAACGGUUACGAGGUUUGUAGGUAGUCAAGUUUGUAGGGUAACACUCGUGUAACCUCCAGAAGAUAUCGAUCUAGACGAGGGUAAGCUGAUGAGCGCUGGUAACAGCGUCAUCCACCGGGCUAAGGUGAAUUUUUUUACGUGUGCGAAGACUUCAUGACGGUAGCUAAAAGGGAUAACGAUAAUGAGAUCUUUUCCUUCACAUGUCUCCGGAACCCACCGCCGUGUCCCAGGAGGAUGCCGGUGGGACAAACAUGGAUGCUUUGACUCCCACAAAGGACGAGAUACAAGUGCGAUUGAUAGGUUUCUCCGCAGGUGAAAAACCCGUUAACUGGAAAAAACCUUGUUUGAACUCAUCACUUGUAAUAACAGUUAAUGGCCGGAGAAGUCCCAGACAUGGCAUCCCGCCAUCACCAAAGUCUGAAAAGGUGAAACUUACAGGAUUCUUCUCUCAUAGUGACAAUCACCGGGGCACAAAUGAAAUAAAAACAAUGAACGAUAAUUUCAGAGAAACUUCAGGGAGGAUUUUUAAAGAUUCUCUUUGCGAUAAAGAACGACAAGAAAGACUAGCGCAAUUAAUGAAAGAAACUCAAGAACGGUUUUCUCGCGUUCGUAAAAACGAACACAACUGGCACAGUGAAAUGUCGUCUGGAAACGCGACUCACAACGCGAAAAGCUUCUUUGAGGAAACGCGAAAAAAAAAAUCUGUGGAUAAUAGUGAUUUGUUUGCAGAAUUUGUGCGAAAAAACCAAGAAAAGUUUCAACAUUUAUUGCAGGAAAACAACAUGGCUUCUGCGUUCAGCAAUUUUACUCAAAAAGCGACAAGUAUGUGUUUUGACAAUGCUACAUUGGGUAAAGAUAAGGACGAAAUCACAAUUGCAGAGAAAAGAGAAGCAUUUAGUCAAGCGCGAAGUUUUAGUGCUAGUAACGCAAGCUUUGUGAAUUUUAGAACUAGUGCACAGUGUAACGGAAUGCCAAAUAUUAACUCAAAUCAAGUGAAUGGCUCCUCUUCGGAACCGCUUACUUCUUCUCAGUUUCAGCACGCCACCAACAACGCUUGUGGUUUUACAAGUUCUUAUUCUGCAUUUUGUCACCAAAGGCAAGAGUUUAAAAAAUCGGCCAGUGGUUCCAGUUGUUCCACAGCCUGUUUGUCAAAAACUGGUGCUUAUAACCCUAGUGAAGGUUCAAAAUCAGACCUUCGAAAUCCUCCGUUUGCCAGCUUUCCCAGUUUCCAAAGUAUAUACCCCGUCACUAUUAACCUUGCGUCUCCCACAAACGUUGACCUCAGAACAAGUACAAGUGGGGCCUAUCACAUGACGUCAUCAAGAAAUACGUUCGAAUAUUGUGGAGAUACGAACACAUACAGGUUCAGCACAGAACAUGUCAUUCAGAGAUAUGAACAAGGUUAUGACAGUAUAUCAGAGAGUGAAGAUGAAGAAGAAUCACUGGAUGAUGCCAUCAGCACAGCAGGAGAACCCAGUGAGUGUGAUGAUAACAGUGUACAAGAUGUGGACAUUCCCAAUAGCUCUGGAUGUGUGCUGCCCCUUGAGUAUGGCCUUAAAAGGGAGAAGAUGGAAAAGAUACAGCAAACUCUUCACAGGAUUGCCAUGGAACUGAUGACAACUGAGAGAACUUAUGUGUCAAUUUUGCACUUGCUGGAUCAGGUCUUUGCAUUUCGUGUUGACCAAGAGAAUCGAGCUCACUCAAUGUUUCCACAAGAGGUUGUUACACAGAUGUUUUCAAACCUUAAGUCACUUUACAAACUCCAUCACGACUUCCUACUUCCACAGCUAGAGGAAAGGCUUGAGAAUUGGGAAACUGAGAGCAAAAUAGGAGAUAUCAUGAAGAAUUUUGCUCCUUUCUUGAAGAUGUACACAGAAUUUGUGAAAAAUUAUGACAACUCAAUGAACCUGAUCAAUUUAUGGUGCAACAAACAUCCUCGUUUUGCACAGAUAAUGGAUGAUAUCCACAAGAUGAAAGAAUGUGGUAACCUAACCUUACAACAUCACUUGCUAACUCCAGUCCAGAGGGUUCCCAGGUACCAGUUGCUGUUAAAAGACUAUUUAAAGAAACUACCAGAAGACUCAGCAGAUAGAGCUGAUACAGAAAAAGCUCUUGAGCUGGUGUCUACAGCUGCUACACAUGCAAAUGAUGCUAUGAAGAAAAUUGAUAAAUUUAAAAAAUUACUGGAGGUUCAAGAAAUGAUAAGUGGUGUUGUAGAUCUUGUUAGUCCUACUCGAGAACUUCUGAAGGAGGGAAAAAUUAUCAAGAUUUCAGCUCGAAGUGGUGAUCAUCAAGAGCGUCAUUUAUUUCUGUUCAAUGACUUCUUGUUGCUGUGUAGUCAAAGGUUAAUCUCCAAUCGAGUGGUCUCUGGCCCAUGCUUCCGAGUGAGGGCAAAACUGGGUGUGGAAGGGCUUGUGAUAGAGGAGGGUGACAAUCUUGAAACAGCUAAUACAUUCUACAUCCGCAGCACUGGAAGAUCCAUAGAACUCUACACACAAACUAUGAAAGAGAAAAUUGCUUGGAUGGAGGCAUUAGCCAAGGCAGUACAUGAUCUCACCCAAAGAAAAAGUUCAUUGAGAAUUGGUGAGCUUUCAUCUCUAGAGGGCAUGGAACUAGGAACUCGAGCACCAACAUUUAUCAAGCAUGAUGCAAUUAAUCAUUGUAUGGUCUGUGGUAGCCAGUUCAACACUUUUUCUCUCAAAAGAAAACACCAUUGCCGAGCCUGUGGAAUUGUAGCUUGUAACAAAUGCCUUUCCCAGAAGUCUCCACUACCUUAUGAUAACAAUAAAACUGGUCGAGUAUGCACCCAGUGCCAUGAUAUCCUCUCUCACAGUCCCCAGGGAAAGGAAGAUGAUAGUCAGAAGGAAAAUAUUGAAAGUCCUAUCAAAAGGAAAGGAAUUCUGGAGGUUAAGCCAUCUGACUCAGCUGUUGUUAGUAGCUACCUACACAUGAGGUCAAGAAGUAGAAUAUGGGUACAGAGAUGGUUUUCUCUGCAUGAAGAUUUUGUUUUGUAUUCAUUUAGAUCACAUGAGGAUGAAAGAGCCCUGACUUCUGUACCUGUUCCUGGAUAUACUGUAGCAAUACCAGAUAAAGCUGAGAACAUUGAUGGAAGAGAGAAUGUUUUCAAGUUAUUCCACAAGAAAAAAGUAUAUUAUUUUCAAGCUGUUGAUGCAGAUGAACAAAAAAGGUGGAUGUCAGCCUUGGAAAAAGCAUCACGAGCGGAGUUCCUGAGCUGACAACAUGAAGUGUAUCCAUAAUUGCAUUCUAUUUUUACAAGUCCAUGAUUCUUCUCAGUUGAAAGCAAGUUUGACAAGACAUUUGUACUCUACUAGCUUUGAUGAUCAUCUUCUGUACUUCAACUAGAAUAUUGUUUACACGCUAGUCGAGGCAUCUGAUAACUAUAAGGUCGUACAAUUAGUUUGAGCCAACCAUUGACUGAAAUCUCAAAAUUCCAGGCUUUUGUUUUUUUAUAAUAAAAA